CAAUCACUGCACAGAUAAGGUUUUGGAGCAGAUUUCAAAAUGGCUUCUCGCUCUUGUUUACUCUCUGCGCCUCUGAAGGCAAGGAAAGGGUUUCUUUGAUGUCAAUGUGAUUCUAGAGUGGUGAAGAAUGAAUACCAACACAACAAGUGGCAGUGAAUUAAGCAGAGGUCCAUUUUCAGCGACGAAACUUUGGAACGAGGUUGUACAACAGAUGAAAAGUAGUGUUCCUGUAAAGAGAAGAAGAUGGCGAAUGAAAGUCUUCGAAGAUGUGUUUGUGGCGUCUGAGGCUUUAGAUUGGCUUCAUGGAUUCCUGAAAGAGAAUCCUAACUUUGGAGCUGAUGUUACUCGACAACAGGCUGUGCAACUGUGUCAAAAGUUUUUAAAAAAUGGUAUCAUAACGGAUGCGCGCGGAAAGCAAUAUAAUGGAAUGUUCGAAGACAACAACCAUCUAUAUCGGUUUACAGACAAGGUUCGCAAUUUUCCGUUUAAAGCAAGCCGCUCCCCGAGAAAUGAAAAGGUUCUAGAACAUAAAACUGAGAAGGCCAAGAACGACACAGUACCUAGUGAAAACAAGCAUUCGAUCACUAUUUACAAAGAUGAAAUGAAAGCUGAUUUUAAGGAACUGCAACAAGAAGACAGGCCAACGCGAUCCGUAAGAGAAGGACAUAAAUAUAAUCUCAGGUCCACUCCAUUUACGAUGGAACCUUCAAGAACACCCCUCGUCAAUAAAAUGAAUGUUUUGAGUUCUACGAGAACUGAUCCGACUCAUGGACCACUCAAAAGUGCAGCUAAACGAAGGAGAAUUUGUAGAGAAGACAGCGAUGUUAAAGAAGUGAUAAUGAAUCCAGCAGCAUUUAUUGCUCACAACCGACGCUCGUUAACUGAUAAAGAGAUCAGUCAAGUCUGGUGGAAUAUUGCUACCACUCGUUUAAAGAGGCUAAUGGAUCUUGAUGAUUCAUUUGUGAACUCCCUCAAAAUUGAAGACUAUGACAUCAGUUGUGUGUGUCUCAAUUCACAAGCUCAGAGAAUUCCCAGAGUGCAAGCGAAUAAGGUACUGAAUGGACCAGAUGCAAGUUUGUUUUGUCAUGACACCAGUUCAAUACAAGCCAUAGAAGUCUUACCCCAAUGGUUGAUAUCUGCUAUGAAGUGCCUUAUACACUGGCCAAAUGGUGAUUACUCCAAUCGAAGCUUUCCGAAGUAUGGAGGUUUUGAGCGAGAUGUGUUCAAAGCUAUCGUGGAGUUCUUUGAUGAUGAAGAUAAACGUCCACUUGUCCCAAGACAUUUGCUAAGAGUCUUCCAGAAGACAGUAGAUCAUUUGUUUAAAUGCAAGCUGACAGCCAUGCGUUCUCUGCAGUACUGCUGUUUAUUGAUUCCAGUUAAGAACAGAGAACUGCUGCAAAUGCUGUUGAAAUUUAUGGUUAAGCUGAUGGAUAAUCAUGUGAUAUCCUUAAGUGAUGAAUUACCCACCAAAGAAAUGCUUAUCCAGUCCUUUAGUCGUGCAAUAUUUGGUGUUUCUUCGGACAUGGAUGCAAUUAGGCUUGUUUACUUUAUGAUGGAAACGUUUCCUGAAUUUUUCAAGAAUCCUGAAGGACUUCAAUUUCAAGUUGAACAGCGACUCUUAUUCUUGAAGAAUUGUCGAGAAAACAAGUCAGUUAUUGUGCCUCCUGAGGGCCCCGUUGUGUCCUUUUGUGAACGGGUCACGCCACAAGAAUACAAAGAACAAUCUCUAAUUACAUCACAGCGUUCCUUGAAGGACCUUCUCAACAGAAUUGUCGAUGAUGAGAGUUUAAACGCGAAAGACAAGAAAAAACAACUGAAACAGUUUGAGAAGUCUUAUCCUGAUAUCUAUCAAGCAAAGUUUCCAGGAGACAACUUAUCAACCUGUUCACAGAGGUCACAGAGAUCAGAGAAACUUAGACAAGUUAUGAAGCCGCUGGCUAUACUUAAGAACUUGCGAUAACAGAACUCUCUUGAAGGACCAAACUUGGUGGUGUCUUAUGGCCAUUUGCUGGACUUCUUCCUGUUUAUUACUUUUAACAAGACCAAGUAAUUUGGAGUAUCUGUUGUAUCCGGUGAUCCCUGUGGUACAACCGUUCAUUGUUAGUCCCUUCCGAGAAGGGUUUUAUUUUUUCCUCGUCGCGCAAAAUGAAAAGGCCUAGACUUACAUACGAGAUUGUUUUAUUAUAUUUUUUAUAUCAUAUAUAGCAUUUUAAAGCUUUCAUAUUUUAGGAAUAAUGUUUUAAUCAAUUGACUGAUCGAGAUUAACUAUUAUAUAUACUAUUUCUGAGAGAACUGUCAUCAGAUCGAAGCCGAGAGAUCAAUCGUAGCCGGAAUGUUUCCUUUUUGUGGGAUUUUAUACUUUUUUUUUUCAAGUUUUCUUAGCCAAAAUUUCAACCUCCCCCUCAGGUCGGGAGUAAGAAAACGGAAAAGAGAGAUGAAAUCUUGUGUUUAUUUGGGUUCUGUAAUUAGGACCGUACCUGUAGUACUCAUCGUCAUAAUAUAUUCAUUUAUUCGAUAUCAGUGGAAAACAGAGCUGAAAAUGAAUCGA